ACUGCUCAGAGAGGUUACCAAUCUAACCAAUCUAACCAAUCUAACCAAUCUAAACAGCUGAUAUAUCCGUUACGAAAAGAAAUUUCAUUGUGUACAGAGAUUUUGUUGGGAACAUCGACACUACAAGCGAACCAUGGCACAGCAACUGACCUCUCCGUCCACCUACGCCGAUCCUGCAUGAGGAACGCGACUGAACAGAUACAGCAAGGCACCAAGCGUCAAAGGAUCGUAUCGGACAGUGAGAGUGAGAAUGAAGAAGUCGAGAGCAACACCAUUAAGGAUGCCGCCCAAAGUGAUGCUGAAUGCACCCGCCUCCGGCCUGAUGCACACCACCGUAACUGGUCCACCGCCGGCCGCAAGAGAAUGCAGGAUAUGGGAAUGUAUGCCCGUCACGACAUGGAACACCUGGCUGGAUUCGAAGACCACCUUCGGAAUGAAAUGAAGCAAAACAACUCCUCACAAACCAUACAAGACGUCGCAAGGUACAUGCACUACAUCAAUCCUGGCAAGUUCGACAUCAAGACUUUGAAGGACGUGGGAAAGACCAAGGAAUUCUUCGCCAAGAUUCGGGAAUGUGGCCUCUCGGACCAAACCGUAUUAAAUUAUCAGAAGGGAAUAAAAAAAUAUUUGGACUACCUCACAGAAACAACAGAUCUCUACCAAACCGACAAGCAACUCUAUGAAAAUCUGCAACACCUAAAGAGCUGCCUGUGCCACCUGAGGAAAGGGAUAUCUCGCGGAGUCACCAAAGAAGUCAACAGGAAGAAAUACGACCAAAUAAUGAAAAAAACCGCCAUGACCCCAGAAGACCUCCAGAAGACCCAGAAGAAUCCUCCGUGUAGCCCGACCAGCGUUCAUCACCGCCAUGGAAGAGGCAGCCCAAGAUCGACUCACAGAAGGAAAACAAGUUUUUAUAACACAGUACCUGGAGGCUGUAGUUAUCAUGAGCCACUGCCAGAGGCGAGGAGUUGCAAUGAACAUGAGGACCGAAGAAUGGAAUGACAGGCUUAAGACAACGUACAAUG